UUUGCCUCUCCGUUCCACACGCACACAAACACACACUCGUCUCCUAGCGGAGGCUUCUCACUUUAUCACUCUCUCAGAACUCACUUUCUCUCUCUAAAACGCUCUCGUCUUUGUCUCUCUAAAAGGAGACGCAGCUCCAUGAAACACUUCUAGAUCUGCCCUAGGAGAGAGAGAGUGACCAUGGCGAUUGCCGCACAUCAGAGUCUGUGGGACGGCGUUCUCGAACACACCAAGUCGGCUCAGGACAGAGGCAGCGACCCAGUGCUCUGGGCGAUUCACCUCUCGUCGAGCCUCAGCUCCGCCGGAGUUUCGCUGCCGUCGACGGAGGUCGCGAACUUGCUCGUGUCUCAUAUUUGCUGGGACAAUAAUGUUCCUAUCACGUGGAAGUUUCUCGAGAAAGCGUUAACGGCGAAGAUCGUGCCUCCGAUGCUCGUUCUCGCUCUUCUUUCCAGCAGGGUAAUUCCAAGUCGACGGUUCCAUCCUGCAGCGUACAGACUAUACAUGGAACUCCUUAAGAGGCAUGCCUUUUCGUUUGCAUCUCAGAUUAGUUGUCCAAAUUAUCAGAAGGUCAUGAAAUCCAUAGACGAUGUUCUUCAUCUUUCCCAGAUAUAUGGUGUUCCGGCACAGGAACCUGGGGUUCUUGUAGUUGAAUUUGUCUUUUCAAUUGUAUGGCAGUUGCUUGAUGCAUCAUUAGAUGAUGAAGAGUUGCUAGAACUUACACCAGAGAAGAAGUCAAGGUGGCCAACCAAGACACAAGAUAUGGAAAUAGAUGGUCAUGAUAGCUUUGAUGAGAAGAGAAUUGAGCGUCAUGAUGGAAUGCACAAAUUAAAUGCUGUAAUGGCCAUUGAGAUAAUUGGAGAAUUUUUUAAAAAUAAAGUAACAUCCAGGAUUCUUUACUUGGCACGCCGAAACAUGCCCUUGCAUUGGGGAUGUUUCAUUCAGCAUUUGCGACUGCUUGCAGCGAGUUCAUCUGCAUUGAGGACUUCAAAACAUAUUACUCCUGAAACUCUUCUACAGUUGACAUCAGACACACGUCGGGUCCUGUCCCGGGAAUGCAAAACAAGUUCACAGCAAGCAUUUCAUGCAGUAAUGGCUUCUGGUUCGCUUAUAUCUUCUGCUAGUCAAUGUUAUGGCACUAGUCGUUCUGCAUUUUGGCUUCCCAUUGAUAUGUUUCUGGAAGAUACUAUGGAUGGAUCACAAGUGGUGGCAACAAGUUCUGUUGAAACACUUACUGGUCUAGUAAAAGCUCUUCAGGCAGUUAAUCGUACGACCUGGCAGGAUACAUUUCUUGGUCUAUGGAUUGCGGCUUUACGGCUUGUUCAAAGGGAAAGAGAAACUAGCGAGGGUCCAGUACCUCGCCUUGAUACCUGCUUAUGCAUGUUAUUGUCUGUUACAACUGUUGCGAUUGCGAAUGUUAUUGAGGAAGAGGAAAGUGGACUCAUUGAUGAAGCUGAACGCAGCCCAACCAGUCCAAUGAUAGAGAAACAGGCUCCAGGAAAGCGUCGCAGGGAUCUGGUUUCCAGCUUACAGCAGCUUGAUGACUAUGAAGGCUUGUUGACUCCACCUCUACCUUUAUGUUUGGUAGCCAAUCAGGCUGCCGCCAAAGCAAUGAUGUGUCUUUCAGGCCUAACAGUUGGAAGUGGAUACGUUGAUUGUGUGAGCUUGAAUGACAUGCCGUUGAACUGUUCUGGAAACAUGCGGCAUCUGAUUGUCGAGGCUUGUAUUGCUAGAAAUCUUCUGGACACUUCAGCAUAUUUAUGGCCUGGUUACGUAAAAGGACGUAGCAACCAGGUACCUCGUAACGUCUCUGGCCAAAUGCCUGGUUGGUCAGCAUUGAUGAAGGGGUCACCCCUAACUCCUUCAAUGGUAAAUGCCUUGGUUUCAACUCCUGCUUCGAGCUUAGCAGAAAUAGAGAAAAUCUAUGAGAUCGCAGUCAAAGGUUCAGACGAUGAGAGGAUAUCUGCUGCUACAAUUUUUUGCGGUGCAUCCCUAACUCGUGGUUGGAAUAUACAGGAACACCUUGUUCUUUUUAUUACAAGAUUGCUGUCUCCUCCAGUCCCUGCAGAUUAUUCUGGGAGUGAAAGCCAUUUGAUAGGUUAUGGCCCAUUUCUGAAUGUUUUUCUGAUCGGAAUAUCGACAAUCGAUUGCAUUCAUAUUUUUUCCUUGCAUGGCUUGGUUCCACAACUUGCUGGUGCAUUGAUGCCCAUUUGCGAGGUAUUUGGAGCAUGUACGCCCAAGGUCUCAUGGACUCUUACAACAGGGGAAGAAAUUUCUUCCCAUGCGUUGUUCUCAAAUGCAUUCACUCUUCUGCUGAAGUUGUGGAGGUUUAAUCAGCCACCACUUGAGCAUGUUAUGGGAGAUGUUCCUCCAGUAGGAUCUCACCUAACUCCCGAGUACCUCUUAUUGGUGCGCAACUCCCAACUAGCAUCAUCUGGAAAUGCACCUAAGGGUCAACAUAAAAGCAGACUGUCAAGAAUGUCAAGUCCAUCUUCGACAGAACCCAUAUUCAUGGAUUCUUUUCCAAAAUUAAAGAAUUGGUACAAGCAGCAUCAAGCAUGUAUUGCUUCUACCCUCUCUGGUCUUGUGCAUGGAACCCCUGUUCAUCAGAUUGUUGAUGGGCUACUGAACAUGAUGUUCCGGAAAAUAAAUAGAAGUGGUCAGCCCUUGACUCCAAAUUCUGGAAGUAGUAAUUCAUCUGGGUCUGGAACGGAAGAUACCUCUCUUCGACUUAAAUUACCUGCUUGGGAUAUUCUGGAAGCUAUUCCCUUUGUUCUUGACGCUGCUUUGACAGCUUGUGCCCAUGGAAGACUUUCUCCCCGUGAAAUGGCCACAGGGCUCAAAGAACUUGCUGAUUUUCUUCCUGCAUCCUUGGCAACCAUUGUUAGUUACUUUUCAGCUGAAGUAACACGGGGUGUUUGGAAGCCAGCUUUUAUGAAUGGAACUGAUUGGCCGAGCCCUGCUGCAAAUUUAUCUAUUGUUGAGCAACAGAUAAAGAAAAUUAUAGCUGCUACCGGUCUUGAUGUGCCAAGUCUUGCUGUCGGAGGGAGCUACCAGGCUACACUUCCUUUACCCUUGGCUGCCCUUGUAAGCCUCACAAUAACGUAUAAACUCGACAAAGCCACUGAACGUUAUCUGACCCUUUUUGCCCCUGCUUUAAACACCCUUGCAGCCGGUUGCCCCUGGCCAUGCAUGCUCAUCAUAACCUCUCUAUGGGCACAGAAGGUGAAGCGUUGGAGUGACUUUCUUGUUUUUUCAGCAUCCCGUACCGUUUUCCACCACGAUUCUGACGCUGUAGUUCAGCUCCUUAGAACCUGCUUCACAUCGACUCUAGGGCUAAAUUCCCCUCACAUCUCAAGCAAUGGUGGUGCAGGCGCCCUUCUUGGCCAUGGAUUUGGCUCCCAUUUCUCUGGCGGAAUGUCUCCAGUUGCCCCCGGAAUACUCUACCUACGAGUUCACCGGUCUGUCAGAAAUGUGUUUUUUAUGACAGAAGAAAUUGUUGUCCUUUUAAUGCGCUCUGUUAAAGAAAUUGCAAGUAGUGGGUUACCUGCUGAGAAAUUGGACAAGUUGAAGAAGACCAAGUAUGGGAUGAGAUAUAAUCAGGUUUCUCUUGCUGCGGCAAUGACGCGUGUGAAGCUCGCAGCUUCACUAGGGGCUUCAUUAGUUUGGAUAAGCGGUGGAAUAAGUUUGGUUCAAUCUUUAAUUAAAGAGACAUUGCCAUCAUGGUUUAUAACUGUUCAUGGGCCAGAGCCAGAUGGAGUGGAAUUUGGAGGGAUGGUUGCGAUGCUGGGGGGCUAUGCACUUGCCUACUUUGCGGUGCUCUCUGGGGCAUUUGCUUGGGGAGUGGACAAAAAAUCACGAGAAUCUAAGCGGCGGCCAAGUGUACUUGGGGGCCACUUAGAAUUUAUGGCUAGCGCCCUCGAUGGAAAAAUAUCGCUUGGUUGUGAUUGGGCGACAUGGCGGGCAUAUGUCUCGGGAUUUGUGAGCUUGAUGGUGGGAUGUACACCAGUUUGGAUGCUGGAGGUGGAUGUAGAUGUAUUGAAGAGACUCUGCAAAGGAUUGAGGCAGUGGAAUGAGGAAGAACUGGCUUUAGCCCUGCUUGGUUUGGGCGGAGUGGAUGCAAUGGGUGCUGCUGCUGAACUCAUCAUCAAAAGCGGCAGUUUUGAAUUUUGUCAAAAAAUUUAGUCGCAACAUUUUAUACAUUGUGAGGUAGAUAUAUUUUAACCUAGUUACUGCUAAAGUUUUGUAAAAUUCUUGUCUGUGUAUAGUUCAGGCAGAAAAAAAUUAUAUGGGUUUCGAAACUUAUGUACAUAUGAUUAAAUGAUUUUAGGCUUUGCUUGUAGGAUGGCAUGGUUUAUGCGUAUCUUGAUUGAACGUUUGUAUGGAUGUUAAAGAUUUUGUAUAACCUUUUGGUUGACGCUACCAGGUAUAUAGUCUGGCGGUCAAAAAAUCGUAUUAUUUCUUGAUUA